GCUGUUUUACAUCGUAAGCAUUUUUUACAGCUUAAAAUCUCAUGACUGUCACAUGACCAAAACAACAACCAUGGCGGAAGCGGUGAGGGAGCCUCGCAAAUCACAUAAACAUAAGGAACGCAAAAAAGGCAGCACAAAAACAGAAUCACCUGUGAAGAAUCGCACAGAAGACAAACCUCCAAUGGCUGUUGGUGAUUUGGAACCAGAGAAGCUUACAUUUGAAGAAACUCAACACCCUUCUGCAAAUUUGGAAGUGCCAGUACUGCAACAAACUGAUGACACUGUAUUUGAUGGUACAAAAGGAAAUAGUAGUAAUUGUCUUUCUGUAGCUGAUCUAGAAACUGAUGGUGCUGAAGAAUUAGGAUCUAAGCUAGAAGCAUUGUUGUUACAUGACCAAGACCUUAGAGAAUCUGACCCAGACCCAGAGCAAAGAAUGCAGAAAGAGAUUUCUGCAUUCAUGCAUGAUUUAUCAGGUCAAACACAGUGGAGUGGUCAUGAUCAGUGUAAUCAAAAUGUAGCAUUGAGCAGAGUAGAACUCUCAAGUUCAGGAGUGGAUGACAUUGUGACAGACGGUCUACCCAAACAGCAGAUUAAGCAUACAGUUGAACUCGAUGCAAGAUUACAAGUCACAGAUUUAGAACCAAAAGAAGAAUUUUCUGUAACUCAUUUACCCAUUAGUGAAGGCAUUGUUUUAGACCAGCAUCAAACUGACUGCACACAAAAGUUGCCCAAAGAAUCAAUAGUGACUGACAUGCAAGAUAAUCACUCUGUAAAACAACAUUUUGUGGACAAUUUUGAAAGUGGAGAACAUCUUAGUGUUGUACACUCUCAAAACAUGGAACAUUAUGGGGAUAUGAAUUUAAUACAGCAUCAGUCACCUGAUCUUGUUGAACAGCUGUCAGUGUCUAACUCUUUCAGUGUGCCUGCUUCUCUUCCAGCAGAAGAAACCCUCCCCUCAGCACCAGAGAGCGUUGAAAAGUCCAAUGAACAUUCUUUACAUUUACCUAGCAUUCAUGCAUCAGCACCUGAGCCUUAUUCUGAAACAGUUUCUGAGGAGACAGCCAUAAAGACACCUUUGUUUGUGGAUGCAAUUUCAUCAUCAGCACCGUUGGUAGAUGUUUCUCUUUCGACAUUUGUAGAGGCAAUAGAGCAGAAGGUUACUCCAGCAGAUUGUACACAACUUGCUACUCCAGCAGGUGAGUGCUCUACUCUUGAGACGAGAAGCAUACAAGCAGCAGAGGAAGCACGACGUCCAAAGUUGUUGUAUCCAGAGUUGAUGGAGGUUGGUAAUAGGUUCAGACCAUUGUCAGUUGAGGAGCUCACACAUCUUUACUACAACGUGGAAUUGCAGAACAACCCUCAGUUCAUCGAAAGCUUUAUUCAGAAUGAAGAAAAGAGAGCAGGCCACGAGUUCCAUGAGAUUUUAAUGAACUAUUUUCGGGCACGCAAGAGCUUGCUUAGCGUGGAGGAAGAUUUGAAAGCACUCCGACAGAAUUAUGAACGGGUGCAGGCAGAGCUGUGGAUUGUAACUCGGAACACUAUUCAAGUGGAGGGGCAGUGUGCAGAUGGCAGUAGGGUGACCAAACUACACACAUACGAGCAGUGUAAACUCAACAGGGAUGCUCUUACCAACAUGGCAUCCUGUCUGCAGUCUAUUCGAAGUGAAAUGCAGGGUGAUCUAGCUUUGUUUGCCUACUCUGCUCAGAUGUCAAGACUGCAGGUGGAGUCAUACAUACACUCUUUUUUUAUGAGCUGCCCUCAUUUCCGGGACAUGCCCAGAACAGCACCAGUUACUGCCACAGAGUAUACUGCAAGAGAAGAUGUUCAAGCACAGGCAGAAAGAUUGAAGGAAUGUAUCUCUGUGCUGUUUGUUUUCCAUCGCAAGCCCACACGGGACACAGAAUUUGUGGAAAAUAUUCGGAGAUGGACAGAACGUCUUGUAUCAGCUCUGUUGCGGGCUGCCACCUUUAAGGAUCAUCUUUUCAUCCUCAACCAUAUUCUGCGAGCACCAGCAGGAGUGGGACAAUGGGCAGCAACUUUAGUGCAGAUUCCUCCGCCGACAAGUCUUACAUUGCAGACUGCAGUGGGCAGUCCCAUCCUUGAUCAUGCUGUUACAUGUCUGGCCACAGUCCUACAGCCUGUCAGAGCCAGAGAGGCCUUUAUGUGCCACAUGCGUGUCAAUGUGACUGAAAACAGCCUGCAGCUGGAAAGAGCAUGGAUACUUGUCGACUCUGAUGGAGAAGAAGAUGAGGACCCAGCACAAGCCUGGUUACACCUACAUGAAAAUGAUGUCGUGGCAUUGCUGCAGCAGUUUCCACUGGAUGCUAUCUUUGCUUAUUUGCUGCAAGCUCCCAUGAAUGAAAAUGGCAUUGCUCAGUAUGACGUGCGUCGUUGCACCGAGCCUGUCAUGAUGCAGCUGUUUGCGUUCUGCACAACAUGGAUCAUGCUUCUGGGAGACGGCCUGAACACUUACAGCAUGGCUCGGUAUCGCCAAUUGAACAAGCGCCUGGGGCGGCUGAUAAGGCAAACAAUAUCCUUUGUCUCUGACCACUGGUUGAACUUUAAGACGUAUUAUGGUCCUCUGGCUCCAUCGGCCUCAUUGGAGAGGUUGCAGCUGGAAUUUGAUCAGCUGUUCAUGAGGGCAACUUACACAAUUCUCACAGCCCAAAAACUUGGUUCUUGGCAGUUCAUGGCUGAUAUGCCAUUCACAUGUUUAUCUGCUGGCAACAUUUGGCGGUUGCUAUGGUUACUGCAGCAGGCACAACCUGUUGACCUGGAUGCCCUUCCAUCUGUUGAGAAAUGCAAAGAGGAUAUGAAAGAUAUUGAAAGUCGUAGACAGCUGGCUGACACCCUGCAGAGUCUUCCUAGGUCAGAGUCUGAAUUUUUGCUGACCACAUUCGCCAACAUGGCAGCAGCUCGUCCGCUUGAAGAAGAUGAGUUCAUUGAAUGUGUCACUCUGCAGGUCUUUGAGAUUGCCUACAUCUGUGACCACACUCGUGAAUUCUGCUUCAAAAUUGGGCGACAACUGCUGUGUUCCAUAAUUCAGAAACACCCAACUGCCCUCUCCAUGCUGCUGAGAAGACUCCAAGUUGUCAUGCCACAGCUGGGAACGAUGGCACUGUACUUGUUCCAAGAAAUGCCUGCAAGUAUUUGGUCUCCUCAAGAUCCUGACAUGCUGCUUUUGAGACAAUGGCUUCUCAACUUUGACCUUACCACUACAGAAAACCAGCUUGCCCGUCUGGUGCUUGAGAGAAUGAACUGGGAUGUGUUUUCUGAGACAGGAAAGCUUGUGCUUGACAUACGCUUGCACAGACAAGUGGCACUACUUCUGAUUGAGAGCUACAUCAAGUAUGUCUCUGAGAGGAAAGCCAGCUUUCUUAUAAUAGAAGGCAUGAAGCAGAUGGCAGCUUUUGUGAGUCAGAAAAGCUCACGGGAGCAAGUAUUCAACAACUGGGUCUGGGCCCUAGCUCUUCGAUUAAAACUUCACCAUGAGAGUACCCUGAUGAUGUCACGGGCUGCAGUAUCUAAUCGUUUUCAGCCUCUUGCCCUUCAUCAAGAUCAGCAUUUACUUCCUAUUGUGAUGGCUGUGCGCAACAAGAACCCCCUGGCCUGCUACUUGGCAUUGACUAUGACAGAUGUGGGGCAUGACACUGGCCAGUUUCUUACAUCCGGUCUUGACAUGUUAUUGACACUGGUCACUUCCAGCCAGUUCUCCACAGUCAUCCAUGUUCUGAGCUGUGUUGUUCCUCUCUUCAUCGCCACUCCACAGUAUCUUCUAGAUAAUGAAAGUUUCCAGAAGAUUUUGCAAAUGAUCGUAACAGCUGAUGACAAUGUUCUGAAGGUGACAAAACUCGUUCUUGGGGUGGAGUUUCCAGGUGUGGUCACCCGUCAGUUCACCCAGAUGAUGCAGGCUAUGAUUUCUGCACGGCUGGAUGGCAGUGAAGCCUUACCAGUUUUACUCUUCUGGAUAAGAGCUGUCUUCAAAGUGGCCAAGUUUCUAACUGACAGGAACUGCUGCUAUAUUCUGGACAACCUGGUUCGCUGGGGCUAUCUACAGAAAGGAGCUCGGGAGAAGCUAGAUGCUCUUUUCCGUGACUACUUUAAUCAACGGCAAAGUGAGGCAAAGUCCCGUGGUGGAUUUUUGAAUUGGGUUGGCAGUAGUGGUGAGGGCCCACCUUCGUUGAUGGAGCAGGCAUCACUUCCAGAGUUUGGCUGGCUGGCAACACAAGUUCUUCAUGUAGAGAGUAUCUGUGAGGUAGAAUCCAGGGUCUGGCCAGGACUUCAGCACGAGCUUCUGUCUACAGCAGGGAUCUCCUUAGAGAUGGCUUUGAAGCAUGUGCAAGCGCACCUGCGGAUCCCCACAACACUGACAGUGGGGAGACUGAGCAUUUACAGAUGGGCACAGCAGGCUUUGGACACGGACAUCAAGCAUCCCCUUCUUCCUGUCAUAUGGCAGCGCUUCUUUUCUUUUUACCUUGGCCGAUCUUCUCUUGGCUCGCAGAUGCCUACACGUGCCAGUGUGGGAGAGCAGUUCUUCCAAACAACAGCCAUGUCUUCAAUGUUGAAAAAGAUGAAGAAGAGGCUUGCAGAGUGUGCACAGUUUCAUAUGAACUUUGACCCACAGGAAGAAGGCAGGAAGGGAGAUCAGCAACCUCCAACACCUGGAACAAAUGAAUCAGAAACAGACUCACAGCAGGCAAGUCCAGUGACAGAAGAAAGCCCUUACAUAGGGUCUCGUGAUUUCCAUCUGCAGCUGGCCAGGCUGUAUCAGACAUUUGUUUUAUGGCUGGAGGAACCCCGUUUACAUGGUUCUGACCUCUACCUGCCAGCUUUGCCACCACAGUAUGAAGCUGCACGCCUCAUGCAAAUAUUCAUGCCUGUAUUUAAUCCUUGGUUGGAGUUUGUGGAUUUUGAGCAGGCACAGUACGAAAUCAGCUGUACUGCUGCAACAUGGCGAAGUGUGGUCUCUGGCCGUCCCCAAAUGGAAGCACCACUUCAUAGAAGGAGACGACUUUCAGAGCAGUCAGCAACUGAGCGCAUUCGUCAGCGUCUGCAACGUUACAUCUCCCCCAAGCCACCACCACCUCUGCACCACAUCAGUCCUCCUGUGCCAGAAAUUCCUCCCACUCUCUUAUGGGACAAGAUGGCAGCAGUGCGUCUUCUAGAUGCUGACCUCAGCAUUCUAACGGAGUUUACCAAAUUUUUCUCAACACGAGCAGCACAACAGUGUGCCAUUGAUGGUGUGUAUUUAGACCUCCUUCCAGAGCAGUACUCCAAUAUUAUGAAGCUGAUACAAGUGUCAGCAGAAUGUAGAAGUCGUGUGAACCCCCUUCACAGAUGCUCUGGUCCUGCUGUUAUUCCAGUCCGGGUAGAAGAACGGGAACAAAACACCAUUGUCCAACGCAAAAUAGAUGAAAACAGAGCAGAGUACAAUCAGCUGAUUAUUGAAGCUGUGCUUCCUCCUCCUCAGAACAUCUGCAGUGCAGCUGUCCAUGUCGAAAACGCCAUCACGUUGCUGAUCAAGAUGUCACAGAAAACUGCAGAUGAGCGAGAGCUGGAGAUGCUCAGAGAUGUGGCCUGCACUCUUUUCUUUCACUUGGCAAUACAGGUUACGGAGGAGACAAACUUCUAUUUGCCAACCAAGCAGUUCUUUUGUUCCUGUGUAGAGAUCUUAGGCCAGGAAUUCGUGUCCCGGGUACCACAACAGACUCCCCUUAUUCUUCAGUUCUGCUUGGACAACACUAAUCUUGCAGGAAUAGUGUCCCCUCAUUUUGUGCCCAACAAUGCACCAGAGAAUUUUGUGCAGAUGUAUGAACAGCUGAUCACUGUGCUGCAACAACAGGAUCUCCAUCUUGUCUUCACUCUUUUAACGAAGUUUGAUGUAUGGGCAUGGCUUGAAGGGCACCGCCCCAGUGCUGCAGACAAAAAACGGUUUCUGGAAGUCUUGGGAUCAGCCUUGAUGUCCUGUGGGGCAGAACCAAGUACAGAUAACAAGCUAGUUUUUGAUGUUUACGUUGGGCACCUAAGGUGUGUUCUCAGACAGCAGUUUUCAGACAGUCUUUCGUCCAUUUUGCUCUUGCUGCUUGAAGGCUCCAGUAAUGAGGCGUUGCACACAAGCUGCUGGGAAAUGUUCCUCAUGGAAUGCUGUAAUCCCCACUCUGGUCCUGAGGUGCGGCCCAUACUACAGCCCUUCAGCAAGGAGCAAGUGGAACAGUGCAGCAACAUUCCUCUCUCAAUCCAGCUGUUGCAAGACUUGCAAAAAUUGCUGGGAGCCUAUUUCAUGCAUCAACGCACGAAAAACCCUCAGGUGCAGAACUUUGGUUUGUACCCUAGCUGGAGUCGCUAUGUUCCUUAUCUGUCCUUGCUGAUGGGUCUCCUGUCUAGAAGCUUUGCUACUAAAGUGAUGGUGAAUCUGCAAGACUUGGGCCCUUAUCGAGCCUUAGAGUGGAUAUGGGUAAAGCAGUGUGAGCUGUGGCGUGCAUGGAUAGAACCCUUGCCUAAUCCUGCUGCAAAUGCUAGCAGUUCAGCUCCAGUGAUGCAGCCCUGGACUGAAUCUGACAGCACCACGUCUGUGAUUAUUGUGGAGGAGUUUAAGUCUUCUGUACUUUCCGUACAUGCAAAGAUGGAAGAUGCAGUCCCGGAAGUCAGCAGCACUGUGCUGUCCCUCUUGCUUAUGUACUACAUGACUGAACUGUCUCAGCCAACUACGCAACCGUAUAUCAGCCAGGUCUUCAUAGGUGUUUUCUCACAGUUGCCAUGGGAACAGAUGAAACCUGACCCACAGUUGCUUAAGAUAAUGGCAGAGCUGAAGGAGAGAUGUGCCCCAGACUGCUUCCAGCUGCUUGGUCAUGUGUUACCAAAAGUAAACUGGCCACAACUGUUUGCGUAUUUCAAGUCUUAUCAUGAUCCUGAGAAAUCCCGUGAAAUACAAGCCUCUCUCUUGUUGCUUCUUAUCCAGUGUUAUGGUGACAGUGCUAUCCAACAGCUGCCUGGAGUAGUUCAGCUCCUUACUUCCUCUGAAUCCUUUGACUGGACGGGCCUGACAGUUGAGUCAUACCAUCUCGUCUCCUGCUGGUUCCUGAAUGUCUGUCAGCCACAGUGGGUAUUGGCACAGCGGUCAACUUUGCCAGCAGUUGGUUUUAGGCUGAUGAAGAUUGCAGCCGAAUUCACCAUAGAAGCCAGUCAAGCGUGGACAGCAGAGAUGGCAACCAAACGUACUACAUACAUCCACUGUGUCGCACAGCAGCUGUGUCAAGUGACCUACCUGGCAGACACUGAUAUGGAAGCUUUGCAAACUGUGAUGGUUAAUCUCCUUUCCGAAAUUGAGUCAGUGGAAUCAGCAGUGGCAGAUGUAAGAUGCCAGGAGGAGGAAUCGCUGGACCUGAUGAAGGAGAUACUAGGGCUGCUUAACAACAGCAACCCUGAGGGGACCUCCCAGAAUCUGCUGCUGCAGACAUUGUGCCAGUGGCUACACUCCUCUCCUCAUAGCAUCCUCCUGACACCAUGCAUCAAAGCAGCAUCUCGCUGCCUGGCAUCGCUGUCACAGAUGGCAGUCAUUACCGAGACCUGCAUCCAGGUUUACUUCAUAGCCUGCAAUGGCGAGGAGACACCUAACCGUGCAGAGAACACUAUGGGCUGGGGUCACAUUCUGUCUGUCUUCCAAGUCCCAGAACUGAACACCACUGAGUACCUUAAAGAGGCGGUGAAGAAUGGUGCUUACUUGCUGCUGUACACUGUGUUGCUGCACAGACGCCCUCUGUGCCGGAAUCUUGAAGAUGAGCUCCAGCUCAUGGAAGACAUUAUUCUUUGGACUUCCCAGGUUACUCCCAGUGCCAACAAUGAAGCCAAGCUUUUCCUUUGGUGGAAUGAAUUUUUACAAAUCUGGCUUAGGCAGCUGGACUUUGCUCCAUCUUUGUUGCGCUGCGUAAAUGCCGUGCAGCGGUUGAUCCGCAUUUUUCAUCAGAUGGGAGAAGAUCGUGCGUCAUCAGGAUUUUUUGGUGUCCUUGGCCUGGGGAAACGCUCUCUGUUUUCUUUACAAUUUCGCCUUGCUGUACGAGUUUUGGCAGCUUUUCUUUCAAGUCAGCUGUUGAGUGAGACAACAGUUCGCGUGAAGCCCACUGAUCCCCUGAGUGAGCUGCCAAUGGCCAAGCAGUCUCGUGUUGCUCUGACUUCCCUGCGGACCAACAGAAUGUAUGGACCAUUCAAAGAGAGUGUGGAAAACAUGAUUGGGUUUGUACACCGGACAGAUUACACAGUACGUGAGUCCUUGGUCCUGAUAAAAGAAUUGGCGAGAACACUGUAUCCGAAGUGCGAGUUCCUCCAGGCCACUUUUCUUUAGCAGAACAAGCCUUCAUUUUUCACUGAAUUAACUCAGAAGUAGUUGUGUCACCAUUUUGUGCAUGCCUCCUUCAAUGCAUGUCUGAUUUUUUAAUUUUUAAACAUGCAGAAUAUUUUUGAAGAUUUCAUUUAUGAAAUGAACUCUGUGAAAAGAAGGAUAACCCAGCUAAAAGAAUAUAUUUGAUGUUCUAAUGGUAUGAAACUGUGUGAUUAAAAUGUAGGUAUAAUCACUUUCCAUUAUGAAGUCUUAAAGCAUUGACUACAAAAGUUUCAGAAAUGAAGGAAUAUUAUCCAAAAUUAAUGAAAACAAGUGAUCAUGAAUUGUCUUCCAGCAGGGUAAAACUGUAUGAAGAAUUUUAUUGGGUCUCUGUAACCAUUACAUAUUACUAACAGAAUGAAAAAGGCCAGAAAAAGGCCAGCUGGGGAAUUGGAGGUAGGGUGAGAGAUAUGUUUCUGUCUCUGAAUAGUCACUUUGAUAAUACAAAAAUAAAAUGUAAAUUUAGUUUUUGGCAACUUGUCACAUUAAAAAUGUAAAUGGUGCGGAUGGUCUACUAGAUGUCUGACGUUGUGCAAAGUCAUUGUGUGGAUGACGAUGUGACACAUUUUACUGAGAUGGAUAAUUGAAAGAGUCUGAAAUGACAAAACGUUCUGCUGUGUCAGUGUAUUAUGUUGUGACCUUGCUACUGGCUGUGGAAAUAGCUUUAUGGACGCUCUUGAAAAUGGUAGACCCUCUCAAAGGCCACAGACAGUCUUACUGGACCUUAGUGUUUGAUGGGUCUUAUCUUUAAACUGCUUGAGGUGACUCCUGUGCUAAGCCCAUCCAAGCCUGACAGAGGUACGUGUUCAGCUGGGAUUGGAAUGCAUGGUAUCUUUCCUUCUGCAGUCUUGUUAGAAUUGUUUUGUAUCCAUUCCUGUAAGAAAUAGUGUGUAUGUGUGUGUGUGAAAUAGAGAGUUUUGUACAUAUAUGUGUUCGUGUGCAGGUGUUUCUGAAAUGAUGGUUAGUAGAAGUUGCUAUUCUUUAUUUGUUUCUCCCCACUCUUUAUUUUAAGCAGUGGCACAGGAGUGUCAACACAAAUCUUGCCACUAAACCUUUGUAGUACACAUGACUGAUUUGAUCCUGUCGCAAUAACGCUUUGUAUCCUGCAAUACAAAAUCAGCUGGAAAUGUGGCUGGCAUGUGCCACAUUAAAUUACUAUUUAAUAGCUGGAUUGCAAGAACUUUUAAUAUUUUCUAUAUUUUGUAGGGUGCCAUAGAAUACAAGCCAUGUACUGUUGACUAGAUUCUUUUGGUGUUUUCCUUUGUAGGAAUCCUUGGUAUAAGCUUUAUCUUGGUGGCUGGUUCAAAGGAAAGGGAUGCCAUUAGAAGGAAUUGAUUUGAUCACUGAGGUUGUCUGUUGGUGAUGCUCACCUCUUGAAGAGUUGAAUAUAGUGCAUUCUCAUAACUUCGGAACUUACCUCAUCACUUCUUGGUUAUAAAAUGUUAGUUCAUUUUUUAAAGAUAUUUCCAUACUAGCUUUCUGUAGAUGUCACCUUAGUUACCACUUAAAAGAAGAAAGGCAACAUUUGUGUUAGCCUGUGCAUUUGAUUUUGGAACCAAGAUAUUGGCCUGAGCUUCAGCUAGUCCUGUAACUGGGAGGUUCACCCUGCUCACCCAGGAGUAAGAUGUAAAUGAUAAAGGUGAGACUUCCUGUCCAUGUUUGCAGUUCACUGUUCACAUUGAAGCCUAUGGUGUUUAAAAGCUAUCACUGCUGAAAUUAUUUUUUCAUGUGCCAUUUUUGUUGUUAUUUAUCCUGUAGUUUUUGUUGAAAACAGUUGUAAGCAGAAUGUGAUAAUUUGCUUCUCUUGUUGCUGGGGAAAAAUUUAUUGAAGGGUAUAAUGUAGCCAGAUCACAUUUUGUUUUGAAAGUUCAUGUACAGAUACAAGGUGUGUGGUAAAUGCUUCUAUCCCGUUCUACAGAACUAUAAUAAUAAGGCCUUAUCUUUCAAGUGUUAACAUUCUUCUUGGAAAUUAGAAGUUUAAAAGUAUUUCAUCGAACUUUGUCAUGAGGAGUGAAUUUAGUCAAAUGCCGUGAGUGUGUGUACAUGUGUGUUUCUGUUCAUAAUUUGUGAGUGAAUUUGGAACUUACUUUUGUGAAGAGUUCAACAGCGUGUUCAAUUUUUGUACGAGUACUUUUUGAUGAAAUGCAAUAUUACUGUCUUUAAUUGCCACAGAUCAGGUGGGCUGAGGGAAUUAAUAAAACAAUUGUGUACAAGAAAGGUAAAGAAUUGUGAUCUUUUUAUACCCAGAAAGUUAGCAUGAUCACUAUAAGAUUGCCAAAUGAACAUUCAAAAAAAGACACAGCAACAAAGAAAAGGCUGCAUAUGAAUUAUUCUUUUGUGAAGCACUUAGCAAUGCAGAACCCAGCGCCAGAAUGCUGUACUUGAUAAGUGUUUUGUCAUGAAGUAAGAGCUGGUAACAGUAACAGUUUCUUAGAAUAGUUUGCACAAAUCAUGAGAAGAGCGAGGAUCAGUCAUGGUCAUGAUCUGUUGUGAAUCAAAUAUGAAAUACACAAAAUCUGUUAAA